UGCGAUGACAUCACCAGGGAUGUACUGAAGCCGAUGCUAGCUGCUGUCAUUGCUGCUCAGUGAAGCCCCUCGCCCGUCCAUCACCUGACGACCAAAAACAGACAUGUCUGACUUCUCAGAGGACCAGAUCAUUGAGUUCAAGGAGGCUUUCCUUUUGUUUGACCGGACGGGUGAGGGGAAGAUCUGCUACAGCCAAUGUGGUGAUGUCAUGAGGGCCCUCGGACAGAACCCCGUCAAUGCCGAGGUGCUCAAGGUCCUGGGAAACCCCAAGUUAGAAGAGAUGAACCACAAGAUGUUGGAUUUUGAGCAGUUCCUGCCCAUGCUUCAGGCCAUUGCUAAGAACAAGGACCAGGGUUCCUUCGAGGAUAUCGUAGAGGGUCUGCGUGUCUUUGACAAGGAAGGAAAUGGUACAGUGAUGGGAGCAGAGCUACGUCAUGUCCUCACCACAUUAGGUGAAAAGAUGACAGAGGAGGAGGUGGAGACUCUUCUAGCGGGACAUGAAGACGCCAAUGGCUGCAUUAACUAUGAAGAACUCGUCCGGGUGGUGAUGAGCGGUUGAGGAUUUCAGAAACACACUUCCAGCUUUAAUUUUAAUCCUCGAUAUUUCUGUUUUGUUGAUCAUGUCUUGCUCUUCCAUCCACGUCAUCCUACCUCCAACAAGUCCCUGUUUUUCUUUCUUUAGACAUCUUUAUUUUAUUUCUAAUGUGCCUUUACUGUCUGGUGUGAAGAGGCCCGCUCAUCUCAUUUCCACACAUUAUUCAGCCUCGCAGGUAAUAUUUCCUUAUCUGUUCCCUCUGCGUCAAUCGACCCCUGUCAGUCUCGCUGUCAACUAGCUUUUCAUUUUUUUGGGAUGGAUAUGAUCAUGUGUAUGUGAAUAAUGUUACAGUUAACAGUAUUGAAUAAAAAUCCUGGUUUCCAAAGUGUC